UUACUGAUAGGGGAAAAUUGUAAAUAUUUAUAACGAAAAUCCAAAUUAAAGUCCUUAUCUUUUUUUUAAAAAAAACAUAAACGUAUUGAAAAACAAAUGAAUUCGUCAAACCCUCCUGCUAAUAUGAGGAAUUUAUCAAAAAUGGUUGCUCAAAUGUGGGAGAAAGAACCUCCUGAAGUAAAACAAUACUGGGAUCAAGUGGCAGAACGUAUUAAGUUAAAUUCAUCUUAUAGGUCGUCUUUUGACGUUAUUAAUGGACUGGAUAUGUCCAUUUCAGAAUCGGAUAUUACUUUUGUUAAUGCUACUGCGUCAUCAUCACAAUCUGCGACCAAAAAGAAAUAAAAGACUAAAAGUACUACCACUUUGCCAAUCCAAUCUUAGCAGAGAAUUUCAUUAUGGAAUCUCCUGAAUCGAAUAUUCCUCAAAUUCCUCCCCAGUAAUCCCAGGAAAUAUAUGUUAUAAACAAUAUUGUUUAUUUAUUUAAUGUUAAAGAAAAUGACAUAGUUCUUGUAUAGUAUCAGUUUAUUAAAUCCGAAAACAAAAUUAGGUUUAAAUUAUAUUUUUGAUUAAUUUAUAUCAGGAAUUUUGAUUCUGAUAAUAAUCGCAAAUAAAUUUAAAUUAUUAAAAUUAUUAAAU